AAAGUGCCCUGCUCUACCCCAGGGGUGUGUGGUGUGUUUGUGACUCUAGCUAGGAGCCCAGCCAGCCUGCAGAUAUGUCAAAAAGCGACCCACGGGACAUCGACGAGGAUGCCAUCCUCAAAGGGAUGAGCCCUGAGGAGAUAGAGGCGCUGGAGUGUGAGCUGCUGGAGAUGGACCCCGAGAAUGCCAUCCUGCCAGCCGGGUACCGCCAGCGUGACCAGACCAAGAAGAGCUCAACGGGGGCGUUUGACCGUGACGCCCUGCUGGAUCACUUAGAGAAAACAGCUCUGGAGCACGAGGACAGAGACGACCUGGUGCCCUUUACUGGCGAGAAGAAAGGGAGAGCGUUUGUUCCUAAGGAGGGCCAUGGAAAGAUCCCCGACCAUGAGCAGAUCACCCUGGAGCCUGAGCUGGAGGAGGCUCUGAAGAAUGCCACAGACGCUGAGAUGUGUGACAUCGCAGCUAUUCUGGGAAUGUACACACUGAUGAGCAACAAGCAGUACUACGACGCCUUGGGCACCACUGGUACCAUCGCCAACACAGAGGGCAUCAACAGUGUAGUAAAACCAGAUGCAUUCAAGAUCUUCCCAGACGAGCCCCCCAACCCCACAAACGUGGAGGAGACCCUUCAGCAGAUCCAGAAUAACGACAGCAGCCUGUUUGAUGUCAACCUCAACAACAUCAAGGACAUUCCCAUCCCAACGCUGAAAGAGAUCUUUGAGGCGAUGAAGGGCAACACUCACGUGGAGUAUCUGAGCAUUGCCGCUACCCGUAGCAAUGACCCCGUGGCCUAUGCUGUUGCUGAGAUGCUCCAGGAGAACACCACUCUGCAGAGUCUUAACAUCGAGUCCAACUUCAUCACCUGCGAGGGCAUGAAUGCCAUCGUCAAGGCCAUGGCCAACAACACCACACUGACCGAGAUCAAGAUCGACAACCAGAGACAGAAACUGGGGGACUCCUGUGAGAUGGAGAUUGCCACCAUGUUGGAGAACAACUCCAGCAUCGUAAAGAUCGGCUACCACUUCACCCAGCAGGGGCCUCGGGCUAGAGCAGCCAUCGCCAUCACCAAGAACAAUGACAUGAUUCGUCAACAGAGAGUAAGAUGAGACGAGAGUGGAGCAACAAGAUUGCGCUCACAAGACGCUAGCCUAUCAAUUCAGCCCCUUGGACCUAACAACUCUAAAAACUGCCAUUGACAGCUUUGCGCUAGCUUUGUCAAUGGGGCGCAACAAACCCUUACAACCUCUCUGUGCUCCUCAUAAGGCCGGGUGUUAAUUUCUAUGUCUGUGUCCAAGCUUUCCAUUUCAUUAACCACAAACAGCUUUUUGUAGACCAUUGAAUUCAUCAUAAAAGCAUUGUAAAAAAGCGU